CCUUGGGAAGGACGAUAUUUGUUUGUGAGGUGUUAAGGAUACCUAACCAAAAAAAGAUUUAAUUCCAAAUGGACCGAACUGCCGUUUCAGUAUUUUUAUUAUUGUUUGUACAAUUUUGUACAGCAACAUAUAAAUUACAGGAAGUAUUUAGUUGGAAUGCCAUAGAUUUUAAUUAUCCCACAAACGAGGAAAAAAUUAAGGCCCUGUAUACCGGAAGGUUUAAACCUGAGAAUAAUCUGCCUGUUGGAAUCGAAAUUUGGAAUGACAAAAUGUUUAUAAGUGUACCCAGAUGGAGGGAAGGUAUACCAUCAACCUUAAACUACGUGAAAUUAGACUCAUAUCUAACAACAAAAUCGCCAGCUUUAACCCCUUACCCAAGCUGGGAAGGUAACGAGCUUGGUAACUGUCAAAACGGCCUAUCGACAGUAUACAGAAUGAAAGCCGAUAAAUGCGAUAGAUUGUGGGUCUUAGAUACCGGUACUUUCGGUAUAGGAAACACCACGCAAAACCCUUGCCCUUAUGCUUUGAAUAUCUUUGAUCUAAAGACCAACCAGAGACUUAGACGUUAUGAGUUUAGACCUGAGGAUACCAACGCCAAUACCUUCAUAGCUAGUAUUGCUGUAGAUUUAGGAAAAUCUUGUGAUGAUGCUUACGCAUAUUUCAGUGAUGAAUUGGGGUAUGGUUUAAUAGUGUAUUCCUGGAAAGAUAACAAAUCGUGGAGGUUCCAACAUAGCUUCUUCUACCCAGAUCCACUUCGUGGUGACUUCACUAUAGAUGGUUUGAACUUUCAGUGGUUUGAAGAAGGGAUUUUCGGAAUGUCUCUGACACCUAGACACCCUGAUGGUUCUAGAACCAUGUACUUCAGCCCUCUGGCGAGCCAUAGAGAGUUCGCUGUCAGCACCAACAUUCUACGUAAUGAAUCCAGAGUUGAAGAUAGUUAUAAAGACUUUAUCGCUUUAGGAGAACGUGGUCCAAACUCACAUACCACGUCGAGAGUCAUGGAUGGUAAUGGAGUUCAAUUCUUCAACCUCAUAGAUCAGAACGCUGUUGGUUGCUGGAACUCUCAGAAACCCUACAAUGAACAAAACGUUGACAUCGUGGAUAGAGACGAUAGGGAGUUGAUAUUCCCUGCUGAUGUCAAGGUAGAUCGUCAGAAGAACCUAUGGGUUAUAUCGGAUAGAAUGUCGAACUUUUUAAUUGCAAAAUUGGACUACAAAGAUAUCAAUUUUAGAGUUUUCUUUGCCCCCAUUGAUGUUCUUAUUAAAGGCACUAUAUGUGAGUUCAUACCUGAAGUAAAACCUUUAACGACAUAUAGUUACAACCCUUUUUGGCCUUACUAUCAAUGAAAUAUGGUGUGAAUAAUGUAGAAUUUAUUUAAAAAAAAUAGUAUAUCAAAUCUCAACAAAUGUAAAAAUAAAUAAAUACAAUAAUACCCCAUGUCUUUCUCUCUUAAAAAUAUCCUUAUUUAAA